AUGUUGUUUUCAUAUUUUUAUGAUAUUGCAUUUGAUGUUGGACUUAUUGUUAAUGAUAAUGAUGAUCAUUCAUCAACAAUAACAACAAUACCAAUAAGACAUCAACAAAAACAUCCUUUUUUAUGUUUUGAUUUAACAUAUAUUUAUUCAGGAUUAACAAAAGGUUAUAGAUUAUCAGAAGAUAUACAAAUUCAUAUUUUGAUAAUAUUUGUCCAUGGUGUUAUGUGGGAAAAACGUCGUUUAGAAAAAGCACUCUCUCAAAUUGAUACAUCGAAUAUAAAUGUAUCAAUAUCUUGGUAUCCAUUUGAAUUAGAUCCAAAUCUUCCAUCGGAUGGAUCGUUAUAA